UAUAUGUCAGCACACAAGGCAGAACCCAUGGAAUCCACGCAGCACGUCGUGAGGCGAAAAGGCGGCCCGCGGUCUCGCGCAGGUUGCAGCAACUGCAAGCAGCGACGCAUCAAAUGCGACGAGGCGAAGCCUUCAUGCCAGCGUUGCCUCAAGCGCGGUCUGACCUGCACAGGCUACACGUCUAUAGUCCCAGACGCCUCAACUGCAGGCCAAGCGCAGGCUGAGCCAUGCCUCAGCACAUCUGCUGCUGGCAAGGGAAGCGUCACAUCCUACGCGAUUCCUUUCCGCGUGCCUGGCAGCCAGGCGGACCGCCAGUUGCUGCACUAUUUCUGCGUCGUCUCGGCCAGCGAGCUCUCGGGCUAUGUCCUCUCCGACUUCUGGACGCGGAUAGUGCUUCAGCACGCCCAGCAUGAGCUCGUCGUCCGCCAGGCCGUGGUUGCCCUCAGCAGUGUUCACCAGCUGCUGCACAGCCGCAAGUUCGGCUUGAAGCGCUCCCCUGACACGACUGGCGGCGGCUGGGUAUAUGCGCCGACAAAUCAAUAUAUUACACCCCUGAUCGAGUCCAGCAUCGCCUACAACAAAGCUCUGCGGUCCUUGCGCAAGUAUCUCCGCAAUCAAGACACUGAAGACGCCACAGAGGUCAGGGGGAGUUCCAUCCCCAACAUGAUUGUGCCUCUCAUCUGCUGUGCCGUCUUCUACUGCUUUGAAAGCGUCCAGGGCAACGUCGAGGCAGCUUUCCAUCAUCUCGCCGCCGGUAGAGCGAUGCUAGAUGGGCUAAAAGGGCAAGGAAACCCCCGCGGGGAAGUUUCGGCAGACAUGGUCGCUUUAGAGAGCCUGAUGGAGCGCAUGGAACUUCAAGCUGCCAUUUUCGACCAGCCGCGCUAUGGCCGGAUGGUCCUUCGCCAGCCACACUGGGACAUUGAGAGCAGGAUACCAGAUGUGGCCAACGCCACAUUUCACACGUUUGAGGACGCCCAGCAUGUUUUGACUCGCCUACAGACCUCCACGAUUCACUACAUGUCUUUAUAUGCCAACCUCAGGGACUGCCCGGCAAGUUCAAUUCCAUUCGACGUCGUCGCGGAGAAGUCAUUACUGCUCGCAGCCUUCAGUGAUUGGGCUACACGGUUCGGCAAAUUACUCUGCGCCUCCUCAAGGUCACCCACCGCAACCCCAAGUCUACGACACGAGAACAGCGGAGAUGUCUACACGUCGCUGCCAUUGCCAGGGCACGGCUGGGGAGAGGUAGAAUGUUUGGCUCAUUUCGAUCCAGCGAGCCUGGUACCAGCCGUGGAUGCAGUCCUGCCCUUGAAUACAGGACCAGGCGUGCUUUACGUGCACUAUUACAUGUUCUGGCUCAUCCUUUCGUCGAGCUUGCCUGAGGAUCCAGACAUCUACAACAGACCGGUGACAGUGAUUGCUCCUUACCUAGAUGCACAGUCAUCAGCAGUGCCAGGAGCAAUACGGCAAGCGAAAACCCCUGUCCAGAUCAUCCUGGACAUUGCGGAGACGAUCAUUCACAGCAACGAUGGUGCGCAGGCAGCCGACGCCUCCAGCUCCGAUUCGGCCGCCCGGGAUGCCAGGAAAUCCAUCAGUGUUGAGACAGGCCUCGUGGCGCCCCUGUUCCUCAUGAUUGUCAAAUGUGACGAGGAAGCCACGGUCCUGCGUGCCGUGCAGCUACUUCAGGACGCCAGUCGGAGAGAAGGACUAUACGACUCUUAUGUUGUGGCUGCUGUAGCAAAUAGCGUUCUAACGAGGCAGCAGCAAGCGACGUCGCACCACUUUGGUCAGUCCGCACAGCAUACCCACGCGGCCUCGGUUGUGGGAGGGCCGUCUGAGGCUGGCUCGCCGAGAAGCGAGCCUGCAGUACGAGACCUUGAGCAGCGCAGCCCCUAUGGGACGACAAUGGGCGAUUUGUGUGAAUUAUCCGCCCGAUGCCCAGGAGGUCAGACAGGUGCAGGUGGCGUGGACGAGAUAGCUAAAAUCUUGGGGGUUUUCUAGUAGUGUAGAAAUCAACACCAUUGCAUUGCGGGGAAAAUAUUAUAAGCUACUCGUGAAACCAAACAAUAAAGCGAUAUGCCAGCCAU